GUUUAUGGUCUCCAUUUGGUUUUGGUUUAUAUUCUCCUGUCCUUUCCUGUCCCAUUGUGAGCCCAUCGGCCCGUCUUGUUGAGCGAGCUGUAGGAAACGGAGAGCCAGUAGAGGGCUCUGCUGUCUGGUUGCAGCCAGAGGUAGGGGGCAGCACGGAGCACGGGUUGAGACGCUGAUUGGUACUUUGGUACUUGCAGGGCACUAAAGAGUUGGUACUUGUGUAAUGUGGAAUGUGAAUGUGGAAUUGCGUCGUGUCGAAUGGUUAGCCAAAUACUCAUGUUAAAAUGCGUUAAAUUUAUGAUUCGCGUGAUAUCUCAUGUGAUGCAUAGGAGCCUUUUGCAUUCAGAGAAAGACCUAUUAUAAUGGACACGGUACUUAGUGUGGUACUGGAAAUAGUGCUGGUACUCAUACGCCAACACGUCAGAUUUGGUAACCGCCCAUUUCAUGCCGCAUUUUGGUUCUUGGAAAGCGUUUGAAGUAUAAGAAGGCGAUAGCGUUCAGGCGUGAAGAAUAUGUCUGCAGGUGGAUAAUGUUGAAACCUUGCUUACUUGCUUACUUUGGCCUGCUUGGAUGCUUGUGAAGCUGGAGUCACAAUACAGAGGCCAACUAUCAAGUUGCACGAGUUUUGCACCACCAGACUGCCGAGUUUUGGAGACGCCUGGAGGCUACAGUUUCAACAUCACCUUCAUCUUCAGUUGAGUUCGGAGCAGCACGCCCAGCCAAGCUGACCUGCAGCAAGUUCGUCUCGCACUCUGAGGUCAGGUCACUGUGCUGCCAUAUGGUUUCUUGGGGUCAGCCAGUGGACUAUUGUGGUGUGUGAUGGCUUUAUGCAGGGGUCAGCUGGUUUGAGGCCCUGUUUUGAUUGGAUAAUAGCAGUUUGGUCAGACUAAACAACUUGUAAUAUGUCUGUGAAUUUGGUUGACAAAGCUGUUGGUGAUUUGUUUUGUAGUCAAGGGAAGCAGUAGUUUAACCUGGAAUAGGCAGGUUGAAUUUGAUUGCGUAUUGAUGUUUUUGGAUUAGGCUGCAAACUGUGCAUGCUUGGUUUGAAGGUUGCGCAGCACUGAGCUGAUUGGUUGCGUUGAUGAUUUUUGGUUUAUGUGGCUGAGGUUUGUGGUUUUGUAAGAUUCCUUCAUAUUCCUUGCCUGAGAUUUGGAAUUGCCUAUCCUAUUUUCCUGUACAUUACCAUGGCCCUACCACUGCUAGCAGCCAUUCAAGGUCUUCGAAUCUCAGAACUGAAGGUUGAGCUUGAGAAUCGUAACCUAGACAGCAGGGGAAACAAAGCUGCUUUGGUUGAUCGUCUUUAUGUUGCUAUGGAGAAGGAAGGUGUACAGCCAGAACAGGUUAUGCAACUGAAGAAGGGUCUAUCUGUAGAGACGAGGACCAAAGAGGAUGGGGCUGAACCACAAGAUGAGACCAAGUCACAAGAAAAUGCAGUCAAACUUCAAGAUGUGACCAGAGCACAAGAAGAUGUAACCACAGUACAGAAUGUGAUUACAAAACCUGAACAUGCAACAGAGACACCAGAAAAGCUGGCCAGACAAGCUGAUGGUGUGACCUUACCACUGCCAGACGUCCGUCCAGAAGACAGUGCCUCACAGCAAGGAUCCAGGACAUCUCGUCGUUCAAACCGGUCCAGCACUGUAAGAUCAGUUCGGAGUGCUGCCAAAGAGGAACACAUGAAGUCAGCCGCAAGAAAGGCAGGAAUCUUAGCCAAGAUGGAAGUCCUAAAGGAGCAAGCUACCCAGGAAGCUAAACUACAAGAGCUUAUAAAAGAGAUGGAGUUCAACAAGCAGCAAGGCUUGUUGAUGGCGCAGUUGGCAGAGGAGGAAGCUCAGCAGCAGGUUUACGAGCAGUGUGGAAGGAGUGAGGUUGGGUCACUUCACAGUUCCCAGGGUCUGCCAACCCGACCCUCACCUCAGGUAUUGAAUCCACAGGCCUCCGUCUUCCAGCCUCAGGGAAACCACGCAGAAGCGAGCCAGAAAGGCCAAGUGAUGGAGGAAAGGUACAAGGAGUCUGAAGCGCACUGGCAGAUGGCUCAUCUACCCCCAGCGGAAAUAAUUAAGUUUCAGGGCGAUUCAAGCGAGUAUUUUUCCUUCAUCCGCUCAUUUGACAGCCGAAUUGGAAAGAAGGCUAUAUCUGAGGAGGAAAAACUGUUCUACCUCCAGCAGUUUACUGAAGGUCGGCCGAGGGAGUUGGUCCGUGGUUGUCUUCACAUGCCGCCCAGCAAGGCCUAUCAAGAGGCGAGAAGACUGUUGCACAAGAAGUAUGGAAACGAGGACAAAAUCAGUGCAGCCCACGUAGAAAAGCUUUUGUCUUGGCCAAACAUAAAACAAGACAACCUGGAAAACCUUGAGAACUUCUCUGUCGCGCUAAUGGUAUGUGAGAGCGUGAUGUCAGACAUGCCCGCCGGCAUGCGGGAAACGGACCACCCGCGAACUCUUCGCAAGCUGGUUGAAAAGCUGCCCUUCCCGAUGCACGACCGUUGGAGAAGACUGGCCGACUCAGUCAUGGAAAACCAGCAUCGGCGAGUGACGUUCUCAGACCUGGUGGCGUUUGUUGAUAAGGAGACCAGGGUGGCAACAAACUCACUCUUCGGACGACAAGUGAUGAACACAUCGAAGGUGAUUCCAAAGGAAACCAGGAUGACUCCUAAGGAUACUCAGCGUCAGAAGCCGAAGUACGGACUAGCGACUGCUGUACAAGUUCCCGCUGGCUGCGCUUUCUGCAAGGAAGGACACUCUUUGGAAGACUGUGAAGCACUCAAGCAGAAGGACCUAAAUUCCCGAAGAGACUUCAUCAAAGAAAAUAGGCUAUGCUUCGGAUGCCUGAAGAAAGGACAUGUCGCGAAGAAAUGUCAGCAAAGAAGUACCUGUAAGGUCUGUGGUGGAAGACACGUCACGUUGCUGCACGAGGAAAGAAGCCAGAAAGAUCCUCAGCACCGACAGACUCCUGAAAAACCUCAGGAAGCCCCAUCUGUGAAGACGUGCCGAGUACAGCACUCCAAAUGGAACACAGGCUUGGCAGUCGUACCUGUGAUAGUCAAGUCAUGGAAGAAGUCAGUAACUACACAUGCUCUUCUAGACAGUGGCAGCACUGCGUCCUUCUGCCAGGAAUCUCUGCUGCAGAAGCUGGGACUCGAGAACAAGAGUAAGAAGAAGCUGUCCCUGACAACAGUUUGCAAGGAUCAAGUCGAGAUUGAGAGUCAGAUCAUCACUGGGCUCGAAGUAGGUGACAUCGAUGGACAGCAUACCCUCCAGCUGCCAGCAGUCUACAGCCUAGAGAAGGUACCGGUCGAUGUGAACGACAUACCAAGACAAGAAGAUGUCAGCCGUUGGCCGUACCUGAGUGGUGUGAAUCUGUCGAGCUUGGAUGCACCAGUCGAAUUGAUGAUAGGCAACAAUGUCCCACUGGCGAUGGAGCCGUGGGAGGUGAUCCAUAGCCAGGGAGGAGGGCCUUUUGCCACCAGGACACUCUUGGGAUGGGCUAUCAACGGUCCUGUUCGACAUGAAGGAAGAGGGCUGGUGAAGGCAAACCGAGUCAAAGUAGAAAACGUUGAAGACAUCGAGGACAUGAUGAUCCAGAUGUACAACGCAGAGUUUACUGAGAAACUCUCAGACAGCUCGAAAGGACCUUCGAUUGAAGACAAGAUGUGGCAGAAGAAGGUAGAGGAAACCAUCACGUUCACGGAAGGACACUACGAGAUAGGUCUUCCUCUGCGAGACAAGGACACUCAGAUGCCAAACAACAGGAACAUGGCGCUGCGGCGACUCUCCACCAUCCAGAAGAAGAUGGAGAAGCAGCCGAAGUUCAGAGAGGACUACACUACUUUCAUGAACAACGUGCUAGAAGAGGGCUACGCCGAGGAGGUGCCCGAGGAGAGCCGAGGAAGAGCGGAUGGGCUGGUAUGGUACAUGCCCCACCAUGGAGUCUACCACCCUCACAAGCCUGACAAGAUUAGGGUUGUGUUUGAUUGUGCGGCUAAGUCUGACGGUGUGUCGUUGAACGACAAGCUUUUGCAAGGCCCAGAUCUGGCAAACUCCUUAGUUGGAGUCCUACUACGCUUCCGCGAAGAACCAGUAGCCUUCAUGGCAGAUGUGAAGUCCAUGUUCUACCAAGUAAAGGUUCCAGAGUCUGAAAGAGAUCUGUUGAGGUUUCUAUGGUGGCCUGGGGGCGAGAUCAACGAAGAACCAAAGGAGUACCGCAUGACCGUCCACAUAUUUGGAGCUGUCUCAUCCCCAAGCUGCUCAAACUUCGCGCUAAGACGGACUGUCGAAGACCACCAGGAUGACUUCAGUGAAAAGGCACUGGAGACUGUCAAGAAGGCGUUCUACGUGGACGACUGUCUCCAGUCGGUGUCGUCAAUCGAGACGGCGAAGUCGCUGGCGUCAGAGGUACAGGCUCUGUGCGCCAAAGGAGGUUUUCAUCUGCACAAGUAUGUGUCCAACAGGGAAGGAGUUCUCGACAAGAUACCGAAAGAAGAUCGAGACGAAGGUUCUUCUAAGAAAGGACUUCACUUGGAAGAAGCGACAAGCGUCAAGAAAGCACUGGGUAUCAAAUGGAACCUGGAGCAGGAUACCUUCAGCUUCUGUGUCAGGGCAAGAGAGAUGAAAGUGACCAGAAGAGAGAUUCUUUCUGUCAUCAGUGGAGUGUUUGACCCUUUGGGCUUUGUGGGGCCAUUCAUUCUUACUGGUAAGAAGAUCCUACAGGAGCUGUGCGCCAUGAAACUUGGUUGGGAUGAAGACGUCCCGGAAAGUCAAGCUCUGAUCUGGACCAAGUGGCUAAAGGACCUGCCGAAGCUGGAAGCGUUGGAAGUGGCAAGGUGUCUGAAGCCAGCGAGGUUAGGAUCGAUCGUCUCAAGACAGCUACAUCACUUCAGCGACGCGAGCACAGUGGGUUAUGGUGUAGUGUCAUACCUGCGUCAGACGGAUGACAAAGGGCAGGUACACUGUAUGAUCCUCAUGGCGAAGUCGAGGGUCGCGCCGCUCAAGAAGAUGACCGUACCUCGAAUGGAGCUGGCUGCCGCAACAGUUGCAGUGCGACUACAUGCGAUGAUCACAAAGGAACUUGAGAUCCCUAUAGACGAUGCUACCUUUUGGACGGAUAGUUCGACAGUGUUACGGUACAUCAACAACGAGGGGACAAGAUACCAGACGUAUGUCACGAACCGGUUGGCGGUUAUCAGGGACGAAUCUGCACCAGCGCAAUGGAGAUUCGUUAAGUCGGAAGAUAACCCAGCGGACGACGCCUCGAGAGGGCUUAUGGCGGGUGAUCUUCUAGAGAACAACAGGUGGUUCCAUGGUCCAGCUUUUCUGGGGAAAGAAGAGUCUGAGUGGCCUCGUCCGCCUGAAGGACUUGAAGACACACAAGAAGCUACAAGAGAUGCUGAUGUGAUUCGGCCUGCUGUGGUUGGCUCGGUCUGCUUUGCUGAGGACGCACAGCCUAAUCCGACAGAUCGGCUUCUGUACCACUAUUCAGACUGGCUCAGACUCACAAAGGCAGUGGCAUGGUUGCUGCGCUUCAAGAAGUACCUGAUGGCGAAGAGAAUGACGACAGGAGCAGCAAGGGAAGGACCGGUCACUCGAUCCCAGGCUCGGGAUAGGGAAAGGUCUGCUUGUCGGUUGUCAGUGGCCGAACUUGAAGAAGCGGAAAAAGCCAUUCUCCGGCGAGUGCAGGAGAGUACGUUCGCAUCGGAACUACAAGCGCUGAAGCCUCAGUGUUCUGAUGGAGAGACCAGGCAAGAUCCAGUGGACCGGGCGGUGAAGAGAAGAAGUCCUCUGCGGCAGUUGGAUCCCAUGCUAGAGGACGGACUAUUGAGAGUCGGUGGCCGUUUAGCCAUGGCCCCACUGGAUUCCAAAGCAAGAAAUCCAGUCAUACUGCCCGCACGCCACCCUGUCUCAGAGUUGAUUGUACGGCAUGUUCACCAACAGGUGGGCCAUCAAGGAAGAGAACAUACAUUGGCGGCGCUACGUGAAACUUUCUGGCUGAUUCACGGCAACUCGGAAGUGCGCCGGGUCCUGAGGCAAUGCAAGCAUUGCAUAAGACGGCAAGCACGACCAGAAGAACAGAAGAUGGCAGAUCUGCCCCCAGAGAGGGUAACUCCAGAUCAGCCGGUUUUCAGCAGUGUCGGUGUUGAUCUGUUCGGUCCGUUUGUGACGAAGAGGGGCAGAGCCUCGGUCAAACGGUACGGGGUAAUUUUUACUUGCCUAGCCACUCGAGCCAUCCAUAUUGAGUUGGCGGACUCAAUGUCAACGGAUUCUUUUAUUAAUGCGUUACGACGAUUCACAGCGAGACGAGGGCCAGUCCGGAUGAUCAGGUGCGACAACGGGACAAAUUUUGUCGGAGCCGAAAAGGAGCUUCGCAAGGAACUUGAGCACCUAGAACAAGAUCGCGUACACAAGAAAUUGCUUGAAAGCAAGAUUGACUGGAUUUUUAACCCCCCAGGAGCCUCCCAUUUCGGUGGGGUUUGGGAGAGGCACAUUCGGAGCAUCAGGAAGAUACUCAAUUCCCUCCUGACCAGCCACACCCUUGACGACGACGGCCUCACCACUCUCCUGUGUGAGAUCGAGAGUAUCUUGAACAGUAGACCACUGACGACGGUGUCAGCAGACCCGAGAGAUUGUGAGCCGCUUACACCGAACCACUUGCUGCUUUUUCGCGGAGGUCAUGUCACGCCUGGAGUCUUCUCCGAAUUUGACCUGCAUGGUAAGAGAUGGCGCAAAAUGCAGUAUCUCGCGGACUGUUUCUGGACGAGGUGGAGGCGGGAGUACUUGCCGCUCCUCCAAAGGAAGCAGAAGUGGAACAGUGUCCGAAAAAACCUGGAACCAGGAGAUGUGGUCCUGGUGAUGGACGAGACACUCCCGAGAGGCCAGUGGCCACUUGGAAAAGUUGCUGAAGUGACGAAGGACCAGAAAGGUCUCGUGAGGCAAGUAGUGGUGAGAAGAGGAACUUCAACGUUCCGUCGACCAGUGUCGAAGCUGGUGAAGCUCGUGAGCGGCGAGGACUGAGCACUACGUGGCUGAGGAAGACGAAGUUCAUUUUUAUUUAAGAGUGCAGUGUUGAAUCGGAGAUGAUUCAAGGAGGAGGGUGUAAACGCCGGAAGCGUUUAUGGUCUCCAUUUGGUUUUGGUUUAUAUUCUCCUGUCCUUUCCUGUCCCAUUGUGAGCCCAUCGGCCCGUCUUGUUGAGCGAGCUGUAGGAAACGGAGAGCCAGUAGAGGGCUCUGCUGUCUGGUUGCAGCCAGAGGUAGGGGGCAGCACGGAGCACGGGUUGAGACGCUGAUUGGUACUUUGGUACUUGCAGGGCACUAAAGAGUUGGUACUUGUGUAAUGUGGAAUGUGAAUGUGGAAUUGCGUCGUGUCGAAUGGUUAGCCAAAUACUCAUGUUAAAAUGCGUUAAAUUUAUGAUUCGCGUGAUAUCUCAUGUGAUGCAUAGGAGCCUUUUGCAUUCAGAGAAAGACCUAUUAUAAUGGACACGGUACUUAGUGUGGUACUGGAAAUAGUGCUGGUACUCAUACGCCAACACGUCAGAUUUGGUAACCGCCCAUUUCAUGCCGCAUUUUGGUUCUUGGAAAGCGUUUGAAGUAUAAGAAGGCGAUAGCGUUCAGGCGUGAAGAAUAUGUCUGCAGGUGGAUAAUGUUGGUGAGUGUUAUCGUCUCUAGCGAUAAAGAGACGCUUAAUUGUUAUCAAUAUUAGUAUUCAUUGCGCUGCAUUGUUACAAACUGGAUCUGAGAAAUGCGCCGAUUUGUGUCCAUUUUUGCGUAUGUGUUUAAUCGCGAAUAUUCUGCAGGAUUGCAGUGCAGCACUGAAUAAGUUUGUCUGUUAUAAGGCCAGAAACAUUCUCUCAGUGUUCAGGCCAUUUAAGGCGAUUUGAUUGCAGUGGGAGAGCGACACUCGUACGACCUUGACCUUGGCCGCGCCAUAUUCGUCUUGAGUUCUGUGUUUGCCCCCCCCCCCCAUUGCCCUGUUUGUCUUUCGUUUCUGCUUUAUUAAUUUUGAUGUAUCCUUUCAGAAACCUUGCUUACUUGCUUACUUUGGCCUGCUUGGAUGCUUGUGAAGCUGGAGUCACAAUACAGAGGCCAACUAUCAA